UGUUGAAGACCGUGUGUUCCAGGGCGCAGAGCGAAACUUUAACUUUGGCUCGUCGUAUCAGCGGGGACUAAAUACCAAAAUACAGCCAUGCUAUGAAUAUAGUUAUGAGUCUAGUCUUUGUUGAUUUGAAGGCUCUUCUUUGAUAUUUCGAUAAUACCGAAAUAUUUGCAGCAAAAUAAGAAAGAAAAAGACUGACCGAGAGCGAGCGAGAGAAGGGAAUCAAAGAUGCAGGUCUCUGUGGUGCUGUGUAGCAUGAUAACUUUCUUUCUUCGCAGUCAAGGCGUGUUGGGCAGUGCGGAGUGUUCAUGCGGGCGCAACCACUUCACGUGUGCAGUGAGCGCGUUUGGGGAGUGUACAUGUAUCCCGGCCCAGUGGCAGUGUGACGGGGACAACGACUGUGGAGAUCACAGCGACGAGGAUGGAUGCAUGCUGCCCACCUGCUCUCCACUGGACUUCCACUGUGACAAUGAGUGUAUCCGCCGCUCCUGGGUGUGUGACGGGGACAACGACUGUGAGGAUGACUCUGACGAACAGGACUGUCCUCCUAGAGAGUGUGAAGAGGAUGAGUUCCAUUGUCAGAACGGCUACUGCAUCCGCAGCCUGUGGCACUGUGAUGGGGACAAUGACUGUGGGGAUAACAGUGACGAGCUGUGUGACAUGCGUAAGUGUUCCGAUAAGGAGUUUCGCUGUACAGAUGGGAGCUGCAUUGCUGAACACUGGUACUGUGAUGGAGACACUGACUGCAAGGACGGAUCAGACGAGGAAAACUGCCCAUCUGAUGUAAUGACGGCCACUUGUAGUGUUGAAGAGUUCCAAUGUGCGUAUGGACGCUGUAUUCUGGACAUUUACCACUGUGACGGAGAUGACGACUGUGGAGACUGGUCUGAUGAGUCCGACUGCUCCUCCCACCAGCCUUGUCGUUCUGUGGAGUUCAUGUGCAGCAGUGGGAUGUGCAUCAACGCUGGCUGGAGGUGUGACGGGGAGUUUGACUGUGAUGACCAAUCAGAUGAGAAGAACUGCACCACCUCCAUGUGUACUGCGGAUCAGUUCCGCUGUGCAUCGGGACGCUGUAUCAGGUUGUCAUGGAGAUGUGACGGCGAGGAUGACUGCUCUGACGGCAGCGAUGAAGAUGACUGUGAGAAGACUGACACCCCUCCAUGUGCUCCAGACCAGUUUCUGUGUGGUAACGGCCGCUGUAUUGGCCAGAGGAAGGUCUGUAAUGAGGUCAGCGACUGUGGAGAUGGGACUGAUGAACACCCUCACCAGGACUGCCGCCCGCGGUCCAGCGAUGGCAACUGUAACCUGAAUAACGGAGGCUGUUCUCAGAAGUGUCAGAUGGCCAGAGGUCUGGUACAGUGUACCUGUCAUACUGGCUACAGACUGAUGGAGGACGGCAGGGCCUGCCAGGAUGUGGAUGAGUGUGCAGAGGAGGGCUACUGCAGCCAGGGCUGUACCAACACAGAGGGAGGGUUCCAGUGCUGGUGUGUGCAGGGCUAUGAGCUGAGGCCUGACAAGCGCAGCUGCAAGGCGCUGGGUCCUGAGCCAGUGCUGCUGUUUGCGAACCGUAUAGACAUCCGCCAGGUGUUGCCCCACCGUUCAGAGUACACUCUGCUGCUGAACAACCUGGAAAAUGCCAUCGCUCUGGACUUCCACCACGACCAGGAGCUGGUCUUCUGGUCUGAUGUCACGCUCGACCGCAUCAUGAAGGCCAACCUGAACGGGAGCAACGUGGAGGAAGUGGUUUCCACUGGCUUAGAGAGUCCAGGUGGUCUGGCUAUAGACUGGAUCCAUGACAAGCUAUACUGGACUGACUCAGGGACGUCCCGUAUUGAGGUGGCCAAUCUGGAUGGAACCCACCGCAAGGUCCUCCUAUGGCAGAGCAUGGAGAAACCCCGAGCCAUCGCACUGCACCCUAUAGAGGGUAAGAUCUACUGGACGGACUGGGGUAACACUCCUCGUAUCGAGUAUGCCAACAUGGAUGGCUCCAACCGCCGCGUCAUCGCCGACACCCACUUGUUCUGGCCCAACGGGCUGACCAUCGACUACGCCGGGCACCGUAUGUACUGGGUUGACGCCAAGCAUCACGUCAUCGAAAGAGCUGACCUUGACGGACGGAACCGUAAGGCCGUCAUCAGCCAAGGCUUGCCCCAUCCAUUUGCCAUCACCGUAUUUGAGGAUAGCCUUUACUGGACAGACUGGCACACCAAGAGCAUCAACAGUGCCAACAAGUUCACGGGCAAGAACCAGGAGAUCAUCAGAAACAAGCUGCACUUCCCAAUGGAUAUACACACACUGCACCCGCAGAGACAGCCCGCAGGUGGGCGUAACCGAUGUGGGACCAACAACGGGGGCUGCAGCCACCUCUGUCUCCCUGGCAACAAGACCUAUACCUGCGACUGCCCCACGGGCUUCAAGAAAGUGGACCAGCAUAACUGUGCCCUGAGUCUUGACAAGUUCCUGCUUUUUGCCCGAAGGACGGACAUCCGACGAAUCAGCUUCGACACCGAGGACAUGUCGGAUGAUGUCAUCCCGCUGGCCGACGUACGCAACGCCGUGGCACUGGACUGGCACGCCGAGGAGGGCUUCAUCUAUUGGACGGACGUCACCACCGACUCCAUCAACCGGGCCCAAUGGGACGGCUCAAGGCAGGAGGUGGUGGUGGACACCAGUCUGGAAAGUCCAGCCGGUCUGGCUAUUGACUGGGUGACCAACAAACUUUACUGGACUGACGCAGGUACAGAUCGUAUCGAGGUAUCUAAUGCAGACGGGAGCAUGCGUACCGUUCUGAUCUGGGAGAAUCUUGACCGACCCAGGGACAUCGUGGUUGACCCAAUUGGAGGAUACAUGUACUGGACAGACUGGGGUGUGAGUCCUAAGAUAGAGCAGGCAGGGAUGGACGCAUCCAGCCGUAUCGUCAUCAUCUCUUCCAACCUGACGUGGCCUAACGGACUGGCAAUUGACUACCAAACACAGCGCCUGUACUGGGCCGACGCCGGGAUGAAGACCAUCGAGUUUGGCAACUUUGAYGGCUCAGACAGACAGGUGUUGAUUGGCAGUCAGUUGCCCCACCCCUUUGGGCUGACUCUGCAUGAGGAAAAGCUCUAUUGGACAGACUGGCAGUCCAAGAGCAUCCAGAGUGCCAACAAAAUGACUGGCCUGGGACGACAAACACUCGCCGAGAACCUGGAGAACCUCAUGGAUAUUCACAUGUUCCACCGCUACCGCACCACCGUGCGGACACCUUGUGCGGUGAAUAAUGGGGGCUGCAGUCACCUGUGUCUGUUGGCUCCACCCACAAAAGGCUCCAGCUGUACCUGUCCUACUGGCAUCAACCUUCAGCUGGACGGAAAGACCUGCACACACGGGAUGAGUAGUUUCCUGAUCUUUGCACGGCGGACUGAUAUCAGGAUGGUCUCUCUGGACAUCCCCUACUUUGCUGAUGUGGUGCUGGCUGUCAACAGAUCCAUGAAAAACACCAUCGCCAUCGGAGUGGACCCUAAAGAGGGUAAAGUGUACUGGUCAGACAGCACACUGAAGAAGGUGAGUAGAGCUAACAUCAAUGGGACGGCUCAUGAGGAUAUCAUCGCUACAGGUCUGAUGACCACUGAUGGUCUGGCGGUGGAUGCGGUGGGUCGAAAGAUCUACUGGACUGACACCGGAACGAACCGAAUCGAGGUGGCCAACCUGGACGGCUCCAUGAGGAAGGUUCUGAUCUGGCAGAACCUGGACAGCCCGCGAGCCAUCGCCCUCUACCACGAGAUGGGGUAUAUGUACUGGACAGACUGGGGGGAGCAUGCUAAGCUGGAGCGGUCAKCGAUGGACGGCUCGGACCGUUUGGUUCUGAUCAGUAACAACCUAGGCUGGCCUAACGGACUGGCCAUCGACAGUGCCGGCUCACAGCUACUGUGGGCCGACGCGCACACAGAGCGCAUCGAGGCGGCAGACCUGAACGGGCUGAACCGCCGUACCCUGGUAUCCCCGGUUCAGCACCCGUACGGUCUGACCGUACUAGGACCACACAUCUACUGGACCGACUGGCAGAGCCGCAGCAUCCAGCGGGCUGACAAAUCCACCGGCGCCAACACCAUCACCGUACGCAGCAACCUGCCCGGGCUCAUGGACAUACAGGCCGUGGAUAGAGAGAAGCCACUGAGUUUCAAUAAGUGUGGUAGAAGGAACGGGGGCUGUAGCCACCUGUGUCUGCCCCGCCCCAACGGUACUUCCUGUGCCUGUCCCACCGGCAUCCUCCUCAAGGGGGACGCCAGGUCAUGUGACGACUCCCCCGAGACCUACCUGCUCUUCUCCAACCGGGUCAGCGUGCGACGUAUCUCCCUGGACACAAAUGACCACACGGACGUGCAUGUGCCCGUGCCUGAGCUGCACAACGUCAUCUCACUGGACUACGACAGCGUGGACGGGAAGCUGUACUACACCGAUGUCAGCCUUGAUGUUAUCAGACGGGUCAACCUGGAUGGUACAGGGAUGGAGACAGUGAUAAGCCAGGGUCUGAAGACUACUGAUGGUCUGGCUGUGGACUGGGUGACCAGGAAUAUGUACUGGACGGACACAGGUCGCAACACCAUCGAGGUGGCCCGACUGGACGGGACCAGCCGCAAAGUACUAGUCAACAACAGCCUGGAUGAACCCAGGGCCAUCGCUGUGUUUCCCAGCAAAGGGUACCUGUUCUGGACAGACUGGGGUCACAUUGCUAAGAUUGAGCGGGCACACCUAGACGGAUCAGACCGUAAAGUUCUGAUUAACACAGACCUGGGCUGGCCCAACGGACUCACACUGGACUACGACACACGCAGGAUCUUCUGGGUGGAUGCUCACCUGGACCGCAUUGAGAGUUCCGACCUAAACGGAAAGCUCCGUCAAAUCCUCGUCAGCCCUGUGUCCCACCCCUUCGCCCUCACACAGCAAGACCGUUGGAUCUACUGGACGGACUGGCAGACUAAGUCCAUUCAGCGUGUGGACAAACACACUGGCCGCAGCAAGGAGACGGUGCUGGCCAACGUGGAGGGCCUCAUGGACAUCAUCAUAGUCUCGCCACAGAGGCAGAGCGGCACUAACCACUGUGGGGUGAAUAAUGGAGGAUGUACUCAUCUCUGCUUCGCUAAUACAAACAGCUUUGUCUGUGCCUGCCCUGAUGAACCAGACAGCAGGCCCUGCUCCACAAUCUCAGGUUAUGUGCCAACCUCACCAGACAGAGAGACCACCAGCACCCCAGCCCCUAACAAGAUCCCCAAAGCCUCCACAGACACGCCUCAGCAAGGACCCCCACUGAUUAACUGCACAGACAAGAGCCUGAGUGUGGAGGGCUGCUUAGAGAGCAACGUGGUGACGGCUCCUCACGGGGAGGGGCUUCAUAUCAGCUAUGUGAUUGGAGGAGCGUUGACCAUUCUGGCCAUCCUGAUAAUCAUCACUGCCUUCAUUAUUUACAGACACAAAAAAUCCAAGUUUGCUGACCCCGGGGUGAGCAACCUGACCUACAGUAACCCCUCAUAUAGGACSUCAACGCAAGAGGUCAAGAUUGAGACCUCUCAAAAACCGCCCAUUUACAACCAGCUACGAUAUAAGAAAGAGGGGGGCGGGGACAGUGGCUACACCAAGGAGAAGAUCCGCAUCGUGGAAGGAGUGUGUCUCCUCUCCAGCGAGGAGCUGUACUGGGAGGACCUGAAGCAGCUGAAGCCGUCGCGUGGUGGUCUGCACACAUGCAUGCGCACGGACACCGUGUCCCUGCAGGCCAGCAGCGCCUCGCUGGACGACGGCGAGACAGAGCAGUUGCUCCAAGAGGAGACGUCGGAGUGUUCGUCCAUAAACACGCUGACCCCCGUCACCGUCACACCCCAACGCCACCCCCAACACAGCCUGCCCGACACCGGCUGGAYCCCCACACGCAAACCCUCCACCGAGAGCGAGGUGUAAGGGAGGCCUCUUGCUUCACUGCCUCUCUACUCCUACUCUUUACCCUUAGUCCUCCUGAUCCCUUCAACUACACGCCCUUAUACACACACACACACACCUGUAUACAGUAUACACAUACAUACAGUAAACGAUACGUACUUAUGCUUCAGGCCACAGUGAGUCAUACACAAACUGACACUCACACAGAYAGGUGGUACAUACAGACACUACAGCCACAUACAUACUUCAUGCUACACACACACAUUUAUGCAUGCAUACAAAUCUGGCAUCUCCUCGGCCCGCUGGACUUCGUCCUACACACACAYAUCCGCACUCUUACCACCACCCUYUCACAACCACAGACUGACUCACCGCUACCCACUUCAGGCAACAGACUGAAUUACAAUUUACAAGCAUGCUGGAAAAAGAAAGCAAAGAAUACACUUUGAGAAAAGAAAUGACAAAGAGAGAAAGAAAUUACAUCUGGAGCCUUUUUAAAGAAUGCAACCCCUCAAGGUGAGGGCCGCUUAGUUGUGUAUAACAUUGCAUUUUUUGUGAACUUUUUGACAAAGCUAAAAACGAUAUACUCUCCCGCAGGAGACUAUGUAACAAACUGCUCGCUCUCUCUAUAAUGCCACUCAUCAUAUACCAUGUCCUUAUGAACUCUAUUUAUGAACUUUUUGUUCUUUGAGUUGGUUUUUGCUGAUUUUAAAGAAUGGUGAGAGUGUUGUGUAGAUCUGUAUUACAGUAUGACCCAGUCAUUCAAACCUCUAUAUUUAUGUGCCAAAGGGUGGAGCUUCGCUACGUCUACAUUUACACUAGAAUAACAUUUUAUGAGCUAUGUGCCACGAAUAGGACGGACAGACAGACAGUUACCAAUGGGAGAGCUCAGCAAUGGGAUGAUCUGUUUCAAACAUGUUUCACAUUGUAUACCUCCUCUUCUAAAACCAACCAUGGACUUAUCUAUCUGGUCUCUCUUAACCGGUACUCUAGACAGGUCCUGGAAACUGGUACUCUAGAUUGGUACUGGAAAUGGGUACUCUAGACUGGUACUGGAAACUGGUACUUUAGACUGGUACAGGAAACUGCAUUAACAAUCGUUGAAAUCYAUUAAUUUUAAAAAUCUAAAGUAAACUGCAAGGUAACCAUUUCUGGUCCUCGGGGAAUAGCAUUCUCGAUGAAGUAUAAGUGCCAAACAUUUUUUUCAUUUUUUUCUUUCCUCAGUUUUAUAUUUCUUGGAGUUUGUAAAAUGUGCUUGGCGUUCUUUUAUCUGUUCUGAUUAAGGCUGUCAUCUCUGAACCUGUAAAGCACUGUACACUURGUGUCCACUGUUCUAGUCUAGACUAUAGAAUAAGCUUCAGUGUAUUAUGUMAUUUGACAAGGUUGCCCUCUGUGAAAUAUACAGUGCACAUACAGUGCAUUCGGAAAGUAUUCAGACUUAUUGACUUUUCCACAUUGUUAGUUUACGACCUUAUUCUGAAA